CGCCAAACUCCCCACUAAUUCCACUUGACAAACCAUGGCCGACUCCCUAAGCUGCGCCGCCGCAGACCUCCUCCCCCUCCUGGGCGGCGCCCCCAACGCCACCGCGGCGGCCACCUUCAUCUGCAGCCGCUUCGACGCCGUCUCCACAAGGCUCGCCGACGCCACCCUCGCCAUCGACAACACGUACCUCCUCUUCUCCGCCUACCUCGUGUUCGCCAUGCAGCUCGGCUUCGCGAUGCUCUGCGCCGGCUCCGUCCGCGCCAAGAACACCAUGAACAUCAUGCUCACCAACGUCCUCGACGCCGCGGCCGGCGGCCUCAGCUACUACCUCUUCGGCUACGCCUUCGCCUUCGGCAGCCCCUCCAACGGCUUCAUCGGAAAACACUUCUUCGGCCUCAAGGAGUUCCCUUCUCCCACCGCCGAUUACAGCCUCUUUCUCUACCAAUGGGCCUUUGCCAUUGCCGCCGCCGGUAUUACUAGUGGCUCAAUUGCAGAGAGGACUCAAUUUGUGGCAUAUUUAAUUUACUCCUCUUUCCUGACCGGUUUUGUCUACCCGGUCGUUUCGCAUUGGUUUUGGUCCGGUGACGGAUGGGCCGGAGCCGCCAAGACCGGAGGCAGCCUUCUCUUUGGCUCGGGAGCCAUUGAUUUUGCCGGUUCAGGGGUGGUCCACAUGGUUGGUGGGAUUGCCGGUUUGUGGGGGGCCCUCAUAGAGGGUCCAAGAAUCGGCCGGUUUGAUAGAACCGGCCGGUCCGUUGCGUUGCGUGGCCAUAGCUCCUCACUAGUGGUGCUAGGCACCUUCUUGUUAUGGUUCGGGUGGUAUGGGUUCAACCCCGGUUCGUUUCUGACCAUUUUCAAGUCGUACAAUGAUACAAACCGGACCUAUUACGGUCAGUGGAGCGCGGUCGGGAGGACAGCUGUCACGACGACAUUGGCCGGGAGCACAGCCGCCCUCACUACCCUGUUUAGCAAGAGGCUCUUGGUGGGGCAUUGGAAUGUGAUUGAUGUGUGCAAUGGCCUUUUGGGUGGAUUCGCCGCGAUCACCUCGGGGUGCUCGGUGGUCGAGCCGUGGGCCGCAAUCAUCUGCGGGUUCGUCGCGUCCUGGGUCUUGAUCGGGCUCAACAAGUUGGCCGAGAAGUUGAAGUACGACGACCCUCUCGAGGCGGCCCAGUUGCACGGGGGAUGUGGCGCGUGGGGUCUACUGUUCACUGGAUUAUUUGCCAAGAAAAUUUACGUUAACGAAGUUUAUUCGGGUCAUCCCGAUAGGCCGUACGGGCUACUUAUGGGUGGUGGUGGGAAGCUCUUGGGUGCCCAAAUUGUGCAAAUCUUGGUGAUUAUUGGAUGGGUGACAGCCACAAUGGCACCACUUUUCUUGGGCCUUCACAAGUUGAAGUUGCUUAGGGUUUCAAGAGAGGAUGAGAUGGCUGGGAUGGAUAUGACUAGGCAUGGUGGCAUGGCUUAUAUAUACCAUGAUGAAGAUGAUGGUUCUAAUUUACCACAAUUCAAGAUGAGUAGGGUAGAGCCAGGAGGAGAUACUCCAACAUCCUAAGAUCUCUUCAGAUAAAACAAGCAUUGUUGUAAUAAUAUAAGUUGUUAUGAAUGCUAGGUAGGAAGUCAUAUAAGUUGUAAGAAAAUUGCAAUGAAGUUUGUUUAACCUUUGUGUAGUGUGAGUAAUUAAAUUCUCUUGUGCAAGUCCCUAUGUUGUUUUGACAAAGGAACUUAUGUGCUUGUAAUAUAUGAAUGUUAAACUUGUGUUAA